AUGACGUCACACGCGCUCAGCUGCCGGCCGGCGUUUCUACUAGAAACAAGUGUCCCUAAUUCUCCUCUAUGUUACCAAUUGCAAUGUUGACGUAAACUCGACGUGUUUUUCUUUAAGUAUUCUGUUGACAGAGAAAGUACCCGUGUUAUUUUCCCAGUGACAUGGAAGCUCUGCGUCAAGACGUGAAGGAUAAUCCGUUUUCAAAGGCUAAUCUUUUCUCCAAGCUUUUCUUCUGUUGGUUGAAUCCCUUGUUCAAAACUGGCUACAAGAGGAGGCUAGAACAAGAUGACAUGUACAAAGUUCUUCCCGAGGAUGCGUCAGACAGACUUGGGGAGGAGUUACAGUGGUACUGGGAUCAAGAAGGUAAGCUAGCGACAAAAGCUCAACGACAGCCUGAACUCACCAGAGUCAUCGUCAAGUGUUACUGGAAAUCCAACGCUCGUAUUGGAGUGUACCUCGUCAUACAGGAAGUCAUUAAAGUCAUUCAGCCGGUGUUACUUGGUAAGCUCAUCGAGUACUUUGAGAGUCCCGAUACCACGGGCCCAACUGCCAUCCACAAGGCCUACGGCUACGCAGCGGGCAUCUGUCUGUCCACCGUCUCCCUGGCCAUCCUCCACCAUCUCUAUUUCUACCAUGUCCAAAGAGCGGGCAUGAAAAUCCGUGUGGCCAUGUGUCACAUGAUCUACCGUAAGGCUCUCAGUCUUAACAACUUGGCGCUGACUAAAACGACAACAGGACAGAUUGUCAAUCUGCUUUCUAAUGAUGUCAACAAAUUUGAUGAGGUAACACUUUAUCUGCACUUUCUAUGGAUCGCCCCCCUAGAGGCAGCAUUGGUGAUAAUCUUAUUGAUGUAUUGGAUCGGUCCAUCAUGCCUCGCGGGGAUGGCCGUCUUUUUCGUCCUUAUACCAGUGCAGGCUAUGUUUGGAAGACUGUUUUCCGGGCUGAGGGCUGACACGGCAAUCCUGAGUGAUGAUAGGAUACGCACGAUGAACGAGGUCAUCGCCGGGAUCCGUGUGAUAAAGAUGUACGGGUGGGAGGAAGCCUUCGCCGCGCUCGUGGAUGAAGUCCGAAGAAUGGAGAUCUCCAAAAUAAUGAAGAGCAGCUACUUACGUGGUUUGAACAUAGCGUCCUUCUUCAUGGCCAGCAAGCUCAUCAUCUUCCUCACCGUUUGCGUCUACGUGCUGACGGGCAACCGGCUGUCUUCAAGCAUUGCCUUCAUGGCCGUUUCCCUCUACGGCGCCGUCAGACUCACCAUCACGCUCUACUUUCCCUUCGCCAUCGAGAAGGUCUCGGAGGCCCUCAUCAGCAUUCAAAGAAUUCAAAAUUUUCUCCACCUGGAUGAAGUUGCUCCUCAGCAUCUGGGACUCCCGGCGGAAGAGAAGAAAGACUGUAUGAUGAAGAUUCAGGAUUUGGUGUGCUAUUGGGACAAGAAGCAAGAAGCUCCAACUUUACAGAAUGUGUCCUUCACAAUCAGACCUGAUCAGCUGCUUGCUGUGAUCGGUCCCGUUGGCUCCGGAAAGUCGUCUCUCCUCAGCGCCAUCCUGGGAGAGAUGAGUGAGCAAAGCGGUGCGGUCAAAAUCCGAGGAGACGUGACCUACACUUCCCAGCAGCCUUGGAUUCUACCCGGCACCGUCCGAAGCAACAUCCUUUUCGGCAAAGAGCUCAACCGCUUCAAGUACGACCGAGUGCUGAGAGCCUGCGCCCUCAAGAGAGACAUGGAGCUGCUGCCAGGUGGCGACUUGGCCUCCGUCGGAGACAGAGGAGCCAACUUGAGUGGAGGACAGAAGGCGAGAGUCAGCUUGGCCAGAGCAGUGUACCGGAAUGCAGACAUCUACCUCCUGGAUGACCCCCUCAGCGCUGUGGACGCUGAAGUCGGCAAGCACAUCUUUGAAGAGUGCAUUUGUGGACUCCUCAGGGACAAGCCACGUGUUCUCGUCACUCAUCAGUUGCAAUAUCUGAAGGCCGCCCAUGAAAUUGUAGUCUUGAAGGAGGGUCAAAUGGUGGCCAAGGGGAGCUACAGAGAGUUGCAAAACUCUGGACUUGACUUCACCUCACUCCUCAAGGAGGAAGACAGCCAGGAGGAAAGACCCAGCACAACCUUGACUCUCUCUGACAAGUCCAUGUCCUCCAUGUCCUCCUUGUCCGCCUCCUGCUACUCGCUGAUGGACGAGACAUGCACGCCGGCGGCAGCGCAGCCCGCGGAGGAGGAAAGGCGCACGCAGGGAGCCAUCGGCCUGCAAAUAUAUGUGAAAUAUUUCAGAGCAGGCGCAAACUUUCUGGUUCUCUUCCUCCUCAUGCUCCUUAACGUUCUCGCACACGUGGCGUUUGUGGUGCAGGACUGGUGGCUUGCUCAUUGGGCCUCCGAGCAGCAGCACGUCAACGUAACGCAGUUCCACAAUGGAAGUGUCCCCGUACCGCUGGACCUUGACCUCUACCUAAGUGUUUACGCAGGUUUAACAGGUGCGGCGGUGGUGUUCGGCUUCGUUCGCAACUUGGUCUUCUUCAAUGUCCUGGUGAACUCGGCCCAGACCCUUCACAACCGCAUGUUUGGUAGCAUCCUGCGGACGCCGGUGCACUUUUUCCAAAACAAUCCAAUUGGAAGAAUCCUCAACAGGUUUUCCAAAGACAUGGGCUUCCUAGACUCGAUGCUGCCAUGGACGUUUGUGGACUUCACCCAGGUGUUCCUGCAAGUGCUUGGUGUGGUCAUAGUGUCCGCCAUUGUCAUGCCUUGGAUACUCUUCCAGUUUGUUCCUCUUUUCGUCGUCUUCCUGUGUUUGCGACGCUACUACCUUCAGACCUCCAGGGAUAUCAAGCGCUUGGAGGCGACCACAAGGAGUCCCGUUUUCUCCCACCUCUCGACUUCCCUGCAAGGUCUGAGCACCAUCCGAGCGUUUAAAGUUCAGUGGCGGUUUCAGGAGAUGUUUGAUGACUGUCAAGAUCUCCACUCAGAGGCCUUCUUCUUGUUCCUGACUACCUCUCGCUGGCUUGCCGUGCGCCUCGAUGGGAUUUGCUCUAUUUUCAUCAGCGUUACGACAUUCGGCUGCCUUCAUUUCAGUGACGACAUGGACCCCGGUAAAGUGGGUCUGGCUCUGUCAUACGCCGUGACACUGAUUGGCAUGUUCCAGUGGGGCGUCAGACAGAGCGCGGAGAUCGAGAAUAUGAUGACAUCGGUGGAGAGGGUGGUAGAGUACGCGGAGCUGAAGAGCGAAGCACCUUGGGAGACGGACACAAAGCCGCCGCCUGAUUGGCCCAAGAGAGGCUCCAUCACAUUUGACUCAGUCAACUUCUCCUACAGUGCCAGUGAGCCUUUAGUGCUCAAGGACUUGACUGUGGUCUUCAAAUCCAAAGAAAAGGUGGGCAUUGUGGGCCGCACCGGCGCCGGUAAGAGCUCUCUGAUCUCAGCCUUGUUCCGGCUGGCAGAACCCGAGGGCAAGAUCACGAUCGAUGGCUUUCGCACGUCCGACAUCGGUCUGCACACCCUCCGCCAGAAGAUAUCCAUCAUCCCACAGGACCCGGUUCUCUUCACGGGCACCAUGAGGAAGAAUCUGGACCCUUUGAGCCAGCACACAGAUGAGGACCUGUGGAAUGCACUCCGAGAGGUGCAGAUGAAGGCGGCGGUGGAGGAACUGCCCAAUAAGAUGGAGACGCUGCUGACUGAGUCGGGCUCUAACUUCAGCAUGGGCCAGAGGCAGCUGCUGUGUCUGGCCAGAGCCAUCCUGCGCAAAAACCGCAUCCUUGUCCUCGACGAGGCCACGGCCAAUGUGGACCCGAGAACCGACAGCCUGAUCCAGCAGACGAUCCGGGGCAAGUUUCAAGAGUGUACCGUGCUCACUAUUGCUCACAGGCUCAACACCAUCAUCGACUGCGACAGAAUACUGGUCCUGGAUGCCAGCAAAAUUCAUGAAUAUGAUGAACCUUACGUGCUGCUCCAGAACCACCGAGGGCUUUUCUAUCAAAUGGUCCAGCAGACAGGACCAGCUGAGGCUGCCUCUCUGCUACACGCCGCCAAACAGGUGUACGAGAACAAAAAGCGAGAGGCGCGCCACCUCCAGGACGUCGUCUUUGAGACGUCGCUCUGACACUCUGGAGAGCGGCUUUGACCGUCGUCGGCGACCGAGCCCUAGCGGAAGUAUUUUUUUAUUUGGCUGGAAUGUCUACUUUGGUGUGUGUCUGUGCCUUUAUUGAUAGCGUGACUGUUUACCGAUAGCACCUCGCUAUGUUACUCUACGUUGCACGGCGGGCUUCUCGGCGGGAAUUCAAUCCUGCGCCGGAGAUUGAAAGAGUGCACAUAUUGAAUUUAUUAAUUCCAUUGACAGCUUUUAUUCUCCCUGUUUGGGCUACACUCAGGUGAGCUUGGAAUUAUUUGGAAAAGGAGAGCUAGCGAAUGAUUGUGCCUUUGACUUCUUGUGUGAGGAUUUUUUAUUUAAUUUUCAAUCUUCCUGCAUUUUGAACAUGACUACUAUACUGUAUGUCAACCACAGCUCAGGAAACAACAGGAUGCUUGAAAUGUGCUACAACAACUCAAAUCAAGAGUUUGUACAACCAUUUUUUACGUGUCUGUGGAGAUUUUGUCUUACAUGCAGAGCAUGUUGUCCAGGUUUUGAUUUAGCAAAGCAGCCCCAGACCAUCACAUUACCACCACCUGACUAUCUGUACAAUGUGUUUUUCUGAAAUGCCAGUUGUAAUGAGACAUACACAUUACAAAAAAAAUCCAACUUUUGU